AUGAUCUCUGGAACGUACUGUAGAUCGAGUUGGUUAAGCGGGUCGCCCAAUCAGCAGCAGAUCGGCCGUCCCGAGGAGGCCACCUCUCCGCAAUCUUCAACUCGGCCACAACAAAGCACCCAAGCAGCGCAGCUGGAUACUAAUCCCGCUGUUGUUCAGAAGCCUGCCAUCCUCGGCGCGACGGUGCCCAACUGA